AAGUGAGCGCAGUGGAGAGGAAUGUGGUUGCCAUUAGUGGGAGUCGAGCUGAGCCCGGCUAACAUUUAGCCUGCAAAGUUUGAGUUUAAAGCCCGAGGCUCGGAGGAGAGGGAUGAAAACAUGCCUCACUUCACGGUCGUGCCGGUGAAGGACCAAGCCCAGGCCAGAUACGACAGCCUGGAGGGGAUUAACUGGGUGGAUUACAACGACACCGGGCAGGAUUCCCCUGACCACCAAGACACUGUCACCUAUGAUGGGCAUGGGAAUCAUAAAGAAGACAGCCCUUUCCUCGGCAGUGCUGAUGCUGCUGGCAAGAAGAAUGACUUCUACGACAGGAACCUGGCUUUGUUCGAGGAAGAGCUGGACAUCCGGCCGAAGGUUUCCUCCCUGCUCAGUCGAUUGGUCAAUUACACCAACGUAACCCAGGGAGCCAAAGAACAUGAAGAAGAGGAGAGCGCUGAGGCGUCGCGCAGGAAGACCCCCAAGUCUCCCAACAUGGGCACUCUGAUGGGCGUCUACCUGCCGUGUCUGCAGAACAUCUUUGGUGUCAUUCUCUUCCUUCGACUGACAUGGAUCGUGGGAAUGGCCGGCAUCAUCCAGUCCCUCAUGAUCGUCCUCAUGUGCUGCUCAUGCACGAUGCUGACAGCCAUAUCUAUGAGUGCAAUUGCCACUAACGGUGUCGUUCCAGCUGGAGGUGCAUAUUUCAUGAUAUCACGCUCUCUCGGCCCCGAGUUUGGAGGAGCUGUGGGUCUGUGCUUCUACUUGGGCACCACCUUCGCGUCUGCCAUGUACAUACUGGGAGCCAUCGAAAUCUUCUUGAAAUAUCUGGUCCCCCAAGCGGCUAUCUUCCACACGAGUGACAGUGCCAUGCUGAACAACAUGCGGGUCUACGGCUCUCUGUGCCUCAGUUUCAUGGCUGUGGUAGUUUUUGUUGGCGUCAAAUACGUGAACAAGUUGGCUUCGCUGUUCCUGGCCUGCGUCAUUAUCUCGAUUGUUUCAAUCUAUGCCGGGGCAAUCAAAUCCAUGACUCAUCCGCCGGAAUUCCCGAUCUGCAUGCUGGGCAACAGGACUUUGAAGCUAGAUGACUUGAGCAUGUGUACUAAGACUGAGAUAAAGGAGAACAUGACGGGGAACAGCGCGCUGUGGGAAAGGUUCUGCCCGCUGGGGAAUGCGAGCAGCGAUCAGUGUGACGACUACUUCAUCCAAAACAAUGUGACAAAGAUUCAGGGAAUUCCUGGACUGGGCAGUGGGAUCAUCAGAGAAAACUUGUGGGGCAACUACCUGCAGAAAGGGGAGAUCUUGGAGAAAGCAGGGCUUCAGUCAGUGAACGCUCACAGUUCCAUAGAGAACUUUAUCAACUAUGUGUCGGCAGACAUCACGACUUCCUUCACGCUUCUGGUGGGGAUCUUCUUCCCAUCUGCCACAGGUAUCAUGGCAGGCUCCAACAGAUCUGGGGAUCUCAAGGAUGCUCAGAAGUCCAUACCUGUUGGAACCAUCUUAGCCAUCACCACCACUUCACUUGUUUAUAUUAGUUCUGUGGUCCUGUUUGGGUCCUGCAUUGAAGGAGUAGUUCUGAGGGACAAGUUUGGCGAUGCGGUUCAAAAGAAUCUUGUUGUGGGAACUCUCUCCUGGCCGUCUCCUUGGGUUAUUGUGAUUGGCUCCUUCUUCUCUACUGUUGGAGCCGGCCUGCAAUCCCUCACCGGUGCUCCACGACUCCUGCAGGCCAUCGCCAAGGACAAUAUUAUCCCCUUCUUACGGGUGUUCGGGCAUGGAAAAGCUAACGGAGAGCCUACGUGGGCGCUGCUACUGACUGGUCUCAUAGCUGAGUUGGGGAUCCUUAUUGCCUCACUGGACAUGGUGGCUCCCAUCCUUUCAAUGUUCUUCCUCAUGUGCUAUCUCUUCGUAAACUUGGCCUGUGCUGUCCAGACCCUUUUACGGACACCCAACUGGAGGCCAAGGUUCAGAUAUUACCACUGGGCCCUGUCGUUUCUGGGCAUGAGUAUGUGUCUGGCUCUGAUGUUCAUCUCCUCCUGGUACUACGCUAUCGUGGCCAUGGGGAUUGCAGGAAUGAUCUACAAGUACAUUGAGUACCAGGGAGCAGAGAAAGAGUGGGGAGACGGCAUAAGAGGGCUCUCCCUUAGCGGAGCACGCUAUGCCUUGCUGAGACUAGAAGUUGGACCUCCACACACCAAGAACUGGAGACCUCAGCUGUUGGUGCUGCUGAAGCUGGACGAGGACCUUCACGUGAAAUACCCCCGGCUGCUCACCUUCGCCUCGCAGCUGAAGGCGGGAAAAGGUCUGACCAUCGUGGGCUCCGUCAUUCAGGGCAACUUCCUGGACAGUUUCGGGGAAAUGCAGGCAGCCGAGCAGGCCAUUAAGAACAUGAUGGAGAUUGAGCGGGUCAAAGGUUUCUGCCAAGUUGUUGUGGCGACGAAGGUGCGGGACGGUAUUGUCCAUCUGAUCCAGUCCUGUGGUCUGGGGGGGAUGAAACACAACACUGUGGUGAUGGGCUGGCCAUACGGCUGGAGACAGAGCGAGGACCCCCGCGCCUGGAAGACUUUUAUUAACACAGUCCGCUGCACCACAGCUGCCCACCUGGCCCUGAUGGUGCCCAAAAAUGUGUCCUUCUACCCAAGCAACCAUGAACGCUUCACAGAUGGCAACAUCGAUGUGUGGUGGAUAGUCCAUGAUGGGGGGAUGCUCAUGCUGCUGCCGUUCCUGCUCAAACAGCACAAGGUUUGGAGGAAAUGCAAAAUGCGGAUCUUUACCGUGGCCCAGAUGGACGACAACAGCAUCCAGAUGAAAAAAGACCUGGCUACAUUUCUGUAUCAGCUGAGGAUAGAGGCUGAGGUGGAGGUGGUUGAGAUGCACGACAGUGACAUUUCGGCAUACACCUACGAGCGGACAUUAAUGAUGGAGCAAAGGUCCCAAAUGUUAAGGCAAAUGAGGUUAUCCAGUGCAGAAAGGCAAAGAGAGGCCCAGCUGGUUAAAGACAGACACUCGUUGGUGCGUAUGGGAAGUCUGUACUCGGAUGAGGAAGAGGAGGUGGUGGAAGUUCCUCCAGAGAAAGUUCACAUGACGUGGACCAGAGAGAGGUGUGAGGCCGAGAGGAGGAACAGGAACAAUGCUCCUGAGAACUUUAGAGAACUCAUGAGCCUCAAACCGGAUCAGUCCAAUGUGCGACGAAUGCACACAGCUGUGAAGCUGAAUGAGGUAAUAGUCAACAGAUCCCACGAUGCUCGGUUAGUGUUGCUCAACAUGCCAGGACCACCUCGGAAUACAGACGGAGACGAGAACUACAUGGAGUUUCUGGAGGUGUUGACUGAAGGCUUGGAGCGAGUGCUGCUGGUGAGAGGAGGAGGACGGGAGGUCAUCACAAUCUACUCGUGACCAUUUGAGAGGUUUUAUUCACAGAUUCUGGGCCACAUCAGAAUGCUUUCCAGCUCCGGACAGGAGGCAGCACCUCGCCGGCUUCAAGGCUGCUCUGCAGAGAUCCAUCAGUUUGAAAUAUGGACUUUUCAGAGCAAAAGAGGGUCAUUCUAUUCUUGUAGAAUAUUGAUAUUCAAGUGUGCAUAUCUACCCAUCUGUUUGCUCAUCACAAAUGAAAACCGUUACUCAAAAUUUCUUAGAUUUCAAUGUUUGUCAAACAUAAACGGUAGAUAAGCAUUUCAGUUUGUUUUUUUUUGCAAGCCAAAUGCGCAGUAAUAAAUGUAUAUAUGAUGACUUGGAAGGCAUAACUGCCUCAAGCAUUAGCAGUCCGGUUUUACUUCAGAAUGUGCUGUAGCUUUGUUUGUUCUUUGCACAAAAACUAUUGAAAUUUAACGUGUUGUUUUGCUGAUAGUUUGCUGCCAGGCUGCAUUUACUUGACGUGACGUUUAACUCAAGCCAAACACUUUUCAUUUCAAUUUUUUUAUACUCUUAACCAUGCGCUUUUAUUUGAAAUCUAUCAAGUUAACUACAUCUUUUUUCAUAUCUCAAUCUAACCACAAUGAUAUAGUUUGAAAUGUAUGAGUUGAAUCAGAAAGAGGCUUGUGUAUGUGCAUGUAUUGAUGCCACCAGCUCUCAUUUGCAUCUUGAAACUGGAAAGCUUUUCCUCUCGUGACAGUUUCACAAAAUGCAAAGUGUAGAAAUAUUAUACUGGACAGCAAAUGCGAGAAUGUUGCUGUUUCCGAGCUGUUAAAUUGACAGCCUUUACUGGAAAACCACGUCAUUAUGUGCCGUGGGCCGACACAGCUAUCACACGUUCUGGAGUGAGACUGUUGUACAAGAUGUUUAUAGUUCUUAAUAGUUAGAUUUUUAUUUCCAGGAACGGAUCAUUAUUCAAGGCACACUUUUAUUAUUUAUAUGAUAAUUUAUUCUCUGAAGAUUUCCCCGCUGAGGUUCAAGUCGGUGUAACUGCAGGUUGUCAACGCGGUGCUCAACGUGAGAGUACUGGUACAAAACCUGGUUUAUAGACCAGAUGACAGAGGUCACAAAGCAAGGUUUGAAGAAUUGUAGUUAAUAUUUUGGAGCGAUAUUUGUGCUAUUGAUAAAGAGGGAAAACAUUUUAUAUAAUAUUUGAAUAGUUUCAGUUAGUUUCUAUAAAAGCAAAAAAUCCCUCUGCUAACAAAGUGUUCAUAUUCACCUAAAGAAGUCUUUCUAUAAGGUUUUUGUGACAUUAAAACCAAGUUUUGAUAGUAUGUCUGGAUGAAAUGUUAUCAUUGUCGCUCUUUGUAUUGACAUUUUUGUAAAUACCUGUAUGGUAUCUGUUUGGUACUUUGAAUCGCUUAGAGCAGGAGUCUACAACCCAAAAUGUUGAAAGAGCCGUAUUGGACCAAAAACACAAAAAACAAAUAUGUCUGGAGCAGCAAAAAAUGAAAAGUCUUGUAUAAGCCUUAGAAUAAAGGCAACACAUGCUGCAUGUAUCUAUAUUAGUUAAAACUGGGGGAAGAUUUUUUUUUCAUUAUGCACUUCGAGAAAAAAGUCGAAAUGUCAAGAUUAAUGUUGAAAUACAAUCUUGAGACAAAAGUCGAAAUGUCGAGAAAAAAGUCGAAAUGUCGAGAAAAAAGGAAAGGAAAAAGGAAGAAAAAAGAGAAAAAAAGAAGAAAAAAAUAGAAAAAAAGGAAUAAAAAGGGCAAACAUUUUUGAAAAAGCUCCAUAGGCCACUAGGGCGGCGCUAAAGAGCCGCAUGCGGCUCUAGAGCCGGGGGUUGCCGACCCCUGGCUUAGAGGCAUUCAAUGUUUGACGAAGUGAGCUGGAGUGUCUGCUCUCACUUAUGUCAGGACCGUUACUGCAGGUGUUACUGAAUCGACCCAGAGAUGAGCUGGUAACUGCGAGCUGUUCUGCCAUCAGUAAAAGCCAAUCACCACUCAUUUCUGGGCUUUCAUUUUCUUUUAUAAAGAUUUCUUUUUUUUUGCCAGAAAUUGCACUGGGAACACUUCCUCUGUGUUAACUAAAUAUUUGUUCAAGCCAAAGCAUUUUUUUUAUGUUAAUGAUGAGGUUAAUAGAUGGGAAGGUGUUUCUCUCAAACACUAAACACAGUGUCAACUGCGUGUUGUGGGCCGGAGUAAGCGAUUCCAUGUAAACAACUUUCUCCUGCCAGCAAACCAUGUGUUUUCUUUCUUACUAAACUUACACGAGGCAUUAUGUUGGCAGUAAAUAGUUUAAAGUGUUUGUGUUAUAGUCCCUGAGGCACCAGAAAUGAUCUGUGUUGUGCUGUUCCACAUUGAAGAUGUGCUUCUUUUUAAUGCUCGUAUACUGGCACUAAAAACGGACGAAUGCCUGGUCAGCAACAUAUUGUAGUGUAUAAUGAAAACAACCCUUCUAUUAAUAUCCUCUUAGGGUAUAAAACAAACAUCUGCCUUUUAAAAUGCCCCUCGCCCCACCUGUAACAACUUAUGGAAAUGCUGGGCACACUUCAAUUAUUUACGGCAUUAUGCAAUAAAAAUGUUUCCAUUAGCCUAAUGAGCUCCAUUCGUCCCAUUAAGGCUUCUCUGCGGUCAAUAGUGCACAAUGCAUCCUCCACAAACACAAACUUAAAGUGCCAUUUCUUCAAAUUUAUUUAUCAGUGUUAUGUUGCUCUUUGUCAUUUUCCACGGAAAUUAUGCCGUUGAAUCAAAAUCCGUUACAAACAAUUAACUGAAUAAAUACAUUACAAAAUAUGUUGCUAAAUAUCUCAGAGAAGAGAUGGUUUGUAUGUGCUUGUGCAUGUGUGUAUAUACACUGUAUAAAUAGCAAAAAAAAGCAAGUUGUUAAUCCUCUCCAGCCCUUACUUUUACUGACUGUGAGGUGUUGUAAUGGCCCACAAAGGGGAAACAGAUUCACGAUCUAAUUUCUUCCUCUAGAAAUGAAAAAAACAACAAAGAAACAAAAGAUGGAAGAGUUAAACUCAAAAUCAAACUGUUCAGUCAAUUCAAAAUAAAAUGGAAAUCAGCGGAACCAAAGUGAGGAAUAGCAGUGAUCUAAAUGGUGCUCUGGAGGAGGAGCUGUGGCCAGAGAACAGGGCUUUUCGAUCAGGGGGUCUUAAGUCCAGUCUGCAGGGGUUCUGCACCUCUUCUAAGGCAAUCUGGACCUCGCUGGGACGAUUCAAGCGCAACUGAUCACGGACCUGGUUGGAGACGCAGGAAAAGAGGCGUUAUACAAAAGCUUUCAAUGUUUGUGCUUAAAUUUUUAAGUGAGUAAAUGUCAGUGUUACAAUCUAAUUUAAGCUGUAGAUAAAUGCAAAAUAGGGCUAUGGAAUAUUUCAUACAUCGUAAUAAAUAGUACAGGUAAGAAAAACAAGAGUCAUCCAACUGCAUAACCAUGUAUUUGAGAAAAUAAUUGUGUACAUGCACAUAUCUCUUGAUUUAUCAUAUGAUUCUCUUCUUUAACAGCUCUAAGUUUAUCUACUAGCUCACCUCCUCAACCUCCUCAAAUACCCGCAGGAAGUUCCCUCGGAGGACACCAGCCAACUCCUCUUUAGUCCAGUUUCUCUUCAGGAGUUCCUGGAUGAGUCCUGGAUACUUGGACACAUCCUGUAACCCCUGAGGAAAGCUUUUAAAUGGUGAACAGACACAAAAUAAGUCACAGAUCAUUAUUUUAUAUAUGUUGUUUCACAAUUUUGGUGUUGAAGAUGUUCACAUUUAUGCAAUAACAACAAAGGAUAUUGAAAACGGUUGAGGAUUGUUUUCUGGAGUUUGUGUUUGAAACUGACAGCAUGUAUAAGAAGAGCAAUUCAAAGCCCACCAUUCUAAACUUGCCAUCCAUAGCGGUAGCGGUAUAAACUUAUUGAUUUUCAACAUCUUUCAGUCUGGUAAUCAUAGGACAGCUAAAUUGCUCAUGUCAUGACAGGCAAACAAAAGCACAAAAUCAAUCUUGUUCAACAGCAGCCUUUGAAGCGGUUUUUUCUGCAGAGUGCUUGAGAAAACCAGAUAUGACUUGCAGGCGUUAAUAUGCUCUGAACACCUUCUUCUACUAAAAUACAUUGUUAAAUAGGGUUUUAUUAUUUAAACUUAGCACAAAAAGUAACGAAAUGUGUGUUUGGCAGAUUAUUUCUUUGUUGUAACCAACCCUC